AUGGCAGUCACACUCCACACCACCCAGGGCGACCUGAAACUCGAACUCUUCUGCAGCGCCUGUCCUAAGACGACUUACAACUUCCUCGCCCUUUGCGCGUCCGACGCCUACAAUGACUCGCCUUUCCACCGUCUCAUUCCCUCUUUCAUGAUCCAAGCCGGCUCUCCUGCCGCCACCACAACAAAGGACAGUCCCAGUGUCUAUGGUCAACCCUUUGAAGAUGAGAUCAAGUCGCAACUCAAACACAACCAGCGCGGCAUCCUGAGCAUGGCCAACAAAGGCCCAAACACAAACGGCAGCCAAUUCUUCGUGACUUUCGACAAGGCCCCGCAUCUUGAUGGAAAGAAUACUGUCUUUGGUCGCGUCAUCGAAGGAUGGGAAACUCUCGAUAAAAUGGAGUCAAUCCAGGUCGACAAGAAAAACAGACCAAAGGAUCCUAUUCGCAUCCAAUCCGUCCACGUUCAUGCCAACCCUCUGGCCGAUGAGCAGAGAUGA